AUGUCCGGGAUAUCCGACACGGGCAUCACCGCCUCGCAACUCCUCACAAAGGGCAACCAGGGCCUCGGCACGUUCGUCCACAUGGACGGCGAACUGCUCCUGCUCGACGGCGCCGUGUACCAGCUCCAAGCCGAGGGGAGGGUGAGGGUCGCGUCUCCGGACGCCCAGAUCCCCUACGCGGCCGCCACGCACUUCCGGUCCCAGCGCACCGUCACGGGCGUGAGGCUCGAGAGUAAAGACGCCGUGGACGAGGUGAUUAUGUAUCGACAAGACGGCAGCGCGGGUGCGCCGGUCGCGGCAAUCGAGAAUCUCUUCGUGUCAUACCGCAUCGAGGGCGUGUUCCAGCACCUCAAAUGCCGCACGGUCAAGGGUCAAGAGUACGCGGGCCAGCCGCUCAGCGAGCUGGGCAAGACGCAGUUCGUCGCCGAGUACCGCGACGUCGAGGGCACCAUCGUCGGGUUCCGCUCGCCGCCGGCCUGGCAGGGCUUCUUCGUCGCCGGCGAGCACAUGCACUUUAUCGACAGGGACAGAAAAAUCGGGGGACACGUACUGGAGCUGCAGGCCGACGAGGUCAAUAUGGGCAUCGCCGUGGUGAACAACAUUCACAUUGAGCUGCCCACCUCGGACAAAUUCAACUCGACCGUCAUGUCGACAGACGACGUGGGCUUAAAGUCGGUCGAAGGAUGA